UUGCAUAGGGUUGUCCCAUUCGUAAAUUCCAUUUUAAUUAAUCAGAUUGGAAUAAUAGCAUUUACCAUCAUGUUAGAUGGGAAAGAAAAUUCAAUAAGAUGAGGAAUAGCAGCAAACUAGAAAUACAGAAAUGGAAGCAGGGCUCAGUUUCUGACUUAUGUGUACCUGGCUGACUGUAUUAAUGUGACUGUCAGUAUCUUAAGGCCCUUAAACUGCCUGCUGUAUAAUAAUCAUCAAAGGCGGUCUCCGGUGUGAGAACCUGUUAUAUUUGACAAGAGUGGGGACAGCUGAUAGGCUUUUAUUUUCUUGGAUACUGGUGUGUCGUUUUUGCUUGGCUACCUGUUAAGUGACUUUCUCACAGGAUGGACUGCUCUGACAGUACUUCACUUCAUCUCCCAACACAGUCCUAUUGGAUGGAUUCUGUUAGGAAACAUAACACCUAGACCACAUUUAAGACUCAAGAGCUGUGGUUCUUGGGUCUACACAGUGAGAAGUUAGCUUGGCCAGAACCAAAAAUUGUGGUUUAGGAAUUCACCCAGUGACUGCUUUAGUGUAGUGAGAGUGUCCGUGCAUGGAAUGCCCAAUGUAGUUGAGGAACGCCUGGCGUCAGGCAAGGUCGGAGGGGAGCAGAGGUUCCUUUCCGAGAAGGGAGUCCUAAGGUGGUAAGGCUACACUACCCUCAAAGUGUAACUUCCUCCACUCUAAAACCCGGCGCCACGCACUGGCCCCCUUCCAUCCUCAGCACACGAGCGGCCAGCUGCUGCUAUGAAUGAGCCUAGGCUCUGGGUGCCCGCACGUGCCCGGCCGGAAGUCCCGCCCAGCGGACGUCAACCUGGCUCGCGUUGGGCGGGAAACCCAGUCCGGCGUGGUAGUGCGGGUUUCCUCGGGGAAGAGCUGCUGCUGGGCCGACCAGCUUCGCGGCAUCAGGCUGAGGGCCACAGCCUCCGCCUCCCGGUUUCGGGGGUUGCCUCAGCUCAGCCCAAGCUUGCCUGUUGCCUUCUGGGGCCGGUGGGCUCCUGCCCUCAGAGCUGUGGUGCUGGCGUGGCCCUGCCUAACGGGCUCAGCUCAGGGGACGGAGUGAGCCGAGGGCCGGGGCUUUCCUGAGCUGGCGCCGGGCCCGGCCAGGCCGCAGUUGCCCCAACCUGUAGGGGACAAGAGCGCCAAGCCCUGAUUAGUCUGGGGCCGCCGAGGCCGCCCCAGGUGACUGCGGCGGUCCGCAGGGGAUUUCGUCUGUGAGAACCACGACAGCGUGUCCCGGGCACCUCCACCGAGGGAGGCGCCAGCCUUGGGAACCGGGGGGUUGCUCCCGUGAGGCCUGCCAGAGCCGGGCUUGGGGCAGUGCCCGGUGCCCCGCGGAGAACUGUGCAGAAACGCCCGUGGGACCGGCCGGCCGUGCUAGAAGACCGCUCUUUAGAUGAAAUAUAAGAAAAAAAGACAAGCAUGGAAAGUGAGAACACAAAGAAAAUACAAGAAAUGAAGACUGACCUGAAUUUACUGUUAGAAUGUCUGAAGUAUCACAUGGGCAACCCUUUGUCACAAAAGGAAGUUUUGAUCACUAUUCAUUCAGUUUGUCAACAAAACAGUGAUGCAGGUGUUUAUUUCCGGGAAAUUGGUGGUUUGAUGUUUGUAAAAAAUCUUGCAAAGUCAAGUGAGCAUAGCUUGGUAAAAGAAGCAGCCUUAUACACAUUAGGAUCUAUUGCAGAAGAAAAUGUUUACUGUCAGCAAACUUUGUGUACUUCAGAAUUAUUUCAAGAUUUAAUUUUGCUCUUAUCUAAUGACGAUUCAAACACAAAUUUGAAAAGAAUGUCCAUCUAUGUUCUUUUGGUUCUGGUUUCAAAUAAUAGGAAUGGACAAACGCUUGUAAGAGAAACAGGUUGUAUUGAAGUUCUGUCACAGUUGUUCAGGACAGUUCUUUCAAAUUAUGAGUUGAAUUUGUCAGAUAAUAAUGUUUUCCAGAGUUAUCUGUUGUGGUCUUCAGUGUGUAGUACUCUGUGUGUCUGUGUCAACAAUCCUCAAAAUGAUGAGAAUCAAAUACUUUGUUGUUCACUUUUCCCAUAUGCUAAUGAAUGGCUAAUGAAUUGUAUGAAACCUGAGAUAAUUCGCCCUAUAUGCUCAUUUAUUGGACUUACUCUUGCAAAUAAUACACAUGUUCAGAACUGCUUUGUAUCUUCGGGUGGACUGGAUGUUUUGUCUCAAGUUCUUGUGCAACUGGAGUCUGAUUCACACAAUACUUUUUCCAGUGCUAAGCUUGCAGUGGUAGUGACAAAGACCGUGGAUGCAUGUAUUACUAAUAAUUUAGCUACCUUUUCAGUGGUGUUAUCCAAAUACCACAUUGUUUCAAAACUUCUGGCAUUACUGCUUCAUGAAAGUCUUGAUUCAGGAGAAAAAUUUAGCAUCAUACUUGCCAUUGGUCACUGCACAGAGGAUUGUGAGGAAAAUCAAUAUGAACUUUUAAAAAGCAAUGGGCUGCCACUAAUGAUACAAGCCUUAACUGAAUUUAAUAAUGAAGAACUAAACAAAGCUGCCACUUAUGUGCUUCAAAACUGCAAAACAAUUAGAGAGAAUUCUUUUGAUGAAAAUGAAGCGGACCAACUAAAGGACAUAAAUGAAAAAGAGAAUCUUGAAGAGCACUGGAAAGCAGCAAAAGAAAUUAUAUGCAGAAUAAAACAAUUUGAAAGAGAAGGAAAAGAGGAGAAAUUACAAAGUGGACAAUAUAAGGAUAAUACCUCAUCUAUGAAAAUAAAAAUACAGAACACUUUGAAACAUCUCUGUGCAGAUAGUAUUGGAGGUACCAAAGCAGAAAAUAAGGAUACAAACCAGUCUAGACAGCAUCCUAGUUAUAAGUCCAGUGAAAUCAUAUCUAAAGCUUGUGCAAAUGAAAACCAACUGAAGACUCUGAAAAAGAACACAAAUCCCCUUAAUCCUUCCUAUAGGGAGAGAGGGCAGAGUAAGAGUUUGCAUAAAGCCACUUCAAGCUGCACUCAAAUCUUAAAUGAAAAAAUGACCUUUAACCAAAAGGAUUCUGUUUCUCAAUCAAGUGACCAUGUUUUCAAACAUCCGACUCACACUGUCAAAAAUAGAAAGCAACAGGUACCAGUAACAGAUCCAUUUACAUUGUGUUUAGACAUAAUAGAUAAAGAAGUUGGUUUUCAAGCAACUGACAAAAUGUUGAAUUAUAGGUGCUCAGGUUGCAUAGUGGUAAGAAAACUCAACAGCCGAAAUUUUAGCAAGCUUUUGCACUCUUGUGCAUACCAAUGUGAUCAUCAUAAAGUCAUUAUGGAAGCUGAAGAUAAAUAUAAAAGUGAACUAAGGAAAGGACUUAUCUGUGACAAAGAAAUUUUGCUGACCCCCCGUAGAAGAAGACAACUUAGUAAAGAAUCUACUGCCCCUGAAGGACUAAAACCUACUCAUCAAAAUCCAGACAGUCAAAAACUUCCAGAUUUGGAGGAACAUGCCUAUAAUACCAACAUUCCAGAGGCUAAGGCAAGAAGAUUCCAAGUUCCAGGCCAGCAUGGACUACAUAAAAAAAGAAGAAUUCGUAAAAACUUUACCAAAGAAGAAGUAAAUUAUCUUUUCCAUGGAGUUAAAAAAAUGGGAAAUCAUUGGAAUUCAAUUUUGUGGUCUUUCCCCUUUCAACAAGGACGAAGGGCUGUAGAUCUUGCUCACAAAUACCACAAGCUUAUCAGAAGCCCCAACUGUGCAGCCAUAUGACUAGAGGAGACUCAGUUUUUUUGUUUUGACUCUUAAUUUAGAAUUUUUAGGAGAUACAAAAUGCUAAAUAUUCUAAACUCUUAAGAGACAAGAAAUGAUGAGAGUUUAAAUGAUUUUUGUGUUACAAAGUCUUUAAAACAUUACAAUAAUUUAUAAGCAAAUUCAUUUUCAAUGUGAAAAUUAGAUAGAAUUUCUCCAUGAGGCCAAAUAUGUUGUGCCUUUACUUUUCCUUAUAGUCAAAGAACACAAAUCAGAAGAAAAAAAUUAGCAGCCUUUAAACAUCAAUUAACAUUAUAUUGCCACAAAUAGUGUAUGAGACAUUUGCAUUUCAGUAUUUUUGCCUAGUGCCAAUGUCCACUCUAGAACUCAGAAAAUUUCUCAAGCUGUUCAGCUAAGACUCUCACUCAACAAAUAAAUAUUUGACAUUUAA